GUUUCUGAGUGUUUCUUCAGUCACUCUCUGAGAGACAGUGCUUACAGUCGCUACGGUCGGAGCUGCAGAGAAAAGGCCUCCAUCAUGCCGCCGUCUCUCCUGCUCCUCCUCGGCCUCCUGGGCUCCUGCGUCUCGCUGCGUCCUCCACGGACCUCCUUCAUCCUCAACUCUGCGGAGCGUCCUCUGGCCCUCUUCCGCCCCCCCGACCUCCUCAACAGCACCACCUUGCUGUUGAGCGACGAUGACUCCACGCUGUUCGUCGGGGCUCGAGACGCCGUGUUCUCAUUGGACGUCAGCCAGAGUGAUGUCAUCAGCCUGAAGAGGAAGGUGGAGUGGCGUCCGUCUCCGAGGGAAAUCACCGAGUGUCGGAAUAAAGGGAAGGACCCUGAGGUGGACUGUCCCAACUUCGUGCGCGUCGUGCAAAAGCUGAACUCGACCCACCUGUACGUCUGUGGCAGCUUCGCCUUCAGCCCCCACGACGCCUUCAUCGACGCAGAAAGCUUCUCUCUGGUUGGACUCGUCGAUGCUAAAGCUAAGCUACGCUGUCCGUUCAGCCCGCUGCAGAGGAACAGCGCCAUCACCGUGGACGGGGAGGUGUUCACCGCCUCCACCACAGACUUCAGAGGAGAGAGCGCUCAGAUCUCCAGACACUUCAGCAGAGAGGGCCGCCAGGACGUCAGCCAGGACUCGUCCAUCAGUUUGCUGGAGGAGCCGGCGUUCGUGGGCUCGGCGGCGGUGGACAGGAAGCUGUUCUUCUUCUUCACUGAAGUUGGGAAAGAGUUCAGUUUCGUGGACGAGCUGCGGAUCGCUCGCAUUGCUCAAGUCUGCAAGGACGAUGUGGGUGGACAGCGGACUCUGCAGAAUAAGUGGACUUCCUUCGCUAAAGCGCCUCUGCUCUGCCAGGUUCACAAACAGCUUCCCUUCAACGUUCUGCAGCACGUCUUCACUCUCCCGCCACCGGAGGGCACCAGCUCUUCAGAAACGCUGUUCUACGGCGUCUUCACCUCGCAGUGGUCGUCGGGUGCAGAAUCGGCCGUGUGUGUCUUUAAGCUGCAGGACGUCCAGGCGGUGUUUGCCGGAAGCUACCGGACCUUCGACACACAAACACACCUGUGGAGCUCCCUGCUGGGCAAACACUCGCACCUGGGACAGUGUGGUCUGGACAGUGCUACAGAUUCUGAAUUAUCUCAAGUGAAGAAGAGUUUCCUGACGAGCGGCAGCGUGAAGCCGGCGGGCGGCGCUCCGGUCGUCGUCUCUUCGGAUCGGCAGUACAGCCGCGUGGCUGCGAUGAGGACGCAGGCCGCCAACGGGAAGCAGUACACCGUCCUGUUCCUGCUGACAGAGUCCGGGUUCCUCCACAAAGUGGCUUUGCUGGCUGGAGGACCUCGGAUCAUCGAGGAGAUUCAGGUCUUCACUCAGCCUCAGCUUGUCAAAAGUAUCGUCCUCUCCUCCUCCAAGGGGAUGCUGUAUGUGGGGACGUCGGAGGGGGUGACUGGCGUCCCGGUGUCCCGCUGCUCCGUCUACAGGAGCUGCAGUCAGUGUGUUCUGGCUCGAGACCCUCAGUGUGGCUGGAGCCGAAACAGCAGCGUCUGCACAGCGCCGCACACAGACCCUCAUGACAUUGCUCAGGACCUCGAGGAAGGAAACGUGGAAGAACAAUGUCGAAGACAAACCAAGACCGUCCGGAACACAGAGGUCUGGGCUCCUCUGAACGAGGCAGUGAUGCUUCCCUGUAAGAACCCGGCUCAGCCGUCCUCUCUGACCUGGACAUCGCGUCGCUUCAGAAACCUCCCAAAGAGUCACUUCCUGCGAUCAGCUGACGGCACUCUGAGCUUCAUCGCCACCGCCGAGACCUUCGGGACGUACCACUGUGAGGCGCGGGAGGCCGGGUUUACAGAGGUCAUCGCCACAUUUAUCGUCGGGCCCGUUGCGUCUCCGCGAGCCAUCAGCCCCGUCCAGAACAGGGAGGGAGACCAGGUGACGCAGAGCGAGGGAGACGAGCCGUACGAGGACAUCUUCCGUGACACCACAGUGAACCCUGCAGAAGAAUACACCCCCCGGAACAACAAACACGUCAUCGAUUCUGAAGACAAGACUCAGGAGGUGUUCUUCAUGUCGACCCCGAGGAGGGACCCUCAGUCCAGGAAGGAUCUGCUGGAGCUCCCCCCCGCCGGGCAGCACAGCCCUGCCCUGCUGGUGGUUUCCCUGCUGCUGGCACUCUGCGUCGGCCUGAUGAUCCUCGGCGGCGUCCAGCUGUGGCGCCGAGAAGCUCUGAUCAAAACCAGCCGGCUGCUGAGUCCGGAGGACGGCGGGCGGACAAACGCAGCGAUGGAGACAGUCGCCUCCCUCAGCCCAACAGGGGGGGAGCCGAGUGGGGGGGAGUAACAGCAUGUCUCCACUUAUAUGUAAUAUUUAUUUACCUUCAAAUAUCUCGGGGUAAUAACAACAACAACAACAACAACAAUAAUGCUGUGCCUCGUUCCAGCUCGUCGUGGACAAACACUGGCAUUGCAAUAUUUGUAUCUCUUGGAUUUAUUUUGCAACGUGAAAAAAUCGGAUAGUUACUCGUAAUGUUCUGGGUUUCCUUUUAAAAUGAAAUGCAUCAAUCUGGAGGAAAGUUAGGGGGCGUGAUAAACCAGGUACAGAGAGGGGAAUCUGGAGACAGACGUCUCCGCUUUAGAUGAGGACUCUGAUGUUGAAAUGUGUGAUUAAUAUAUGUGCUCUGAAUAUUACAAUCUGUCUGAUGUUUUUAUGUUUUGAACACAGUGAAUAUAUGAGUAGAUGUAAACAGGCUGCGGCUCAGUGGGAUAGUGCGCUGAUCUUCGGGUCAGGGGAGCGCUGGUUCAAUCCCCACUGCAGUCAGCGUGUCGUUGUUGCUCCUGGGGGGAUUGUCCUCAGAACUGAAUGUAUGUAAAUGGCGUUGUAAUGUAUGUAUGUAAUGUAACAGCAUGUGAAUGUAAGAAAGAGGUCAACAUUUUUAUAUUUGUAAUAAUUUAAUGAGAUCUUAUAAUCCCCCCCCCCCCCCCCCCCCCAAAAUCCUAAUUUCCAGGCCCCUGGUGUUAUUGUCAUUGUGUCCCUUGUGUGUUUGAUCUGCAGUUAUUAAAACAUGAACCGGUUUCCUCUCUUUCACACUUGAACAUUCACAUAGAUCUGAAAGAUGUAAACUCUGCAGCAUAAUGUUUGUCCAAAUUAAAAAGGCAAAUGCAUUCUUUAAAAAGUGACCUGUUUGUCCUUAAAUAUCCCAUCAACAGCUCAAAUGUAAAUACUGAAUAUGUUCUGCGUCGAUAAAGAAUCAUGUUUUAAUGGCUGUUUCUGAAUUCCGGAUGUUAUAUAAAACAACUGUGUUUUUGC